GGUACAAAAUCUUCUCUUUCUCAACAGCAUUGAAUCCCCUAUCAUCUGUUUCUGUCUGUUGUUCUACAGCUGUUGUGGCGAGAUAAAAUGAAGUCCUCACAGACUGAAAGCUUAUAUCAUAUUGGGGCAUGUGAAGACGAUUCUGGACGAGAAGAGAUAACAAUCAUACCCACAAAUUGGAUAUUUGCAAAAGGGUUUUGCGUUUGGCCAACAAAAGCUCCGAAUAAAAAUACAUCAAAGUUGAUUUGUAAAAGAAUUGACCAUCAAGCCACUGAUUAUGGUUGGAUUGAAUGCCGAUAUCGGCCAUUAUACACAGAGAUUUAUUCCUACGAAGAUGCUCUAAAAUACGAGAGGGAAGCAAUCGAAACAUCGGACAUAGGCACGCCGGAAAAUCCUACAAGAAAAAAGUUUGCCCCGAAUAGAUUAAUUUCUUCAAGUUCAGAUGAUGAAGACUCUCCUUACCCCGUAAUUCCAGACUCCCUAAAGGGUACAAAGCUUAAGGGAUCCGUGAAACAGAACCUCUUCCCUCAACUCAAUGAUGCCUCGUUGACCUCCAAUGAUGAUGCCACUGAAAUAGUGGAAAAUGAGCACUUAGAAAGAACGCCUAAAAGAAGAGCUGAGAAAGUACUAUCUCCACCAAAAUCUACGAAAAAAACUAAAAUCUCUAAGGUUAAUCAUGUCGCCAAAGAAGAUGACUCUAUGCUAGAAACUAAGACCUCUGGACCAUCAGCAAAGGAGAUGUCCCAACCAGGCGUAGAAAAGAAGACCGCCCCAUUGAUCUCCGAUAAAGAUGCCACCAUGAGAGUGGCUAAAAAAAGAGUCGAGAAAGAAUUGACUCCACUAAAACCUAUGAGGAAAACAAAAUUCUCUAAGGUUAAUCAUGUCGCUGAAGAAGAUGACUCUAUACUAGAAACUGAGACCUCUGGACCAUCAGUAAAGGAGACGUCCCAACCAGCCAUAGAAAAGAAGACCGCCCCAUUGAUCUCCGAUAAAGAUGCCACCAUGAGAGUGGCUAAAAAAAGAGUCGAGAAAGAAUUGACUCCACUAAAACCUAUGAGGAAAACAAAAUUCUCUAAGGUUAAUCAUGUCGCUGAAGAAGAUGACUCUCUGCUAGAAACUGAGACCUCCGGACCAUCAGUAAAGGAGAUUCCCCGACCAGCUGUAGAAAAGAGGACUGCCCCAUCGACCUCCGAUAAAGAUGCAACCAUGAGAACGGCUAAAAAAAGAGUUGAGAAAGAACUGACUCCACUAAAACCUAUGAGGAAAACAAAAAUCUCUAAGGUAAAUCAUGCUACAGAAGAAGAUGACUUUCUCCUAGAAAAUUAGACCUCCGAACCAUUAGUAAAGGAGAUCCACCAACCAACCGUACAGAAGGUGACCCCUAGGACAGAAGAGGAGAUCCCACACACUGAAGAGGACACCUACGACACAGAAGAGCAGAACCUUAGCACUGGAAAGGUUACCCCUCGCUCAAAAGACAAGCCUCCCGUUGUAGAACAACAAGCGCCAGACAACAACUUACAGCAAUUCCGUGAAAAGUUUGAGGAACUGAAUAUGAAUGAGAAACUUUUUUAUAUUUCAAAUUCACUGAGAGUGAUGAACCGUAACUUGAAGGUUGUUGUGAAGACAACCAAUUCCCACUCAUCAAUUUUGGAGAAACUGUGUCGAAAGGCAAAUCCGGCAACUGAAG